AUGCCGCAAGCCCACGAUGACGGUGGCGAGCCGGAUGAGCCACCGGGAGACCUGGCUCGGCGCACACGGCAGGAGGAUGCACCCUCGGCUACCAACAUCAGCGAAGUGGACGAUGUGCUGCCGCGCAUCCUGUCGCUGCUCCCGGUGGCGACUGGGGACUUGUGCCGCGCCACAAGCACCUGCAAGCACUUCUACUCGCUCAACACAGCCCGGGACCUUAGUGAGGUCUGGCGCGCCGCGUUCCUGAGCCGCUGGCGCCUGCGCGCGCGCGACGAGGGCCCCGCGCAGCGGCCGUCGUGGCAGGCGCUUUACAGCCAGAAGAUGCGGCGCGCGCGCUCCUGGGCGGGCAAGUACACGUCUGAUUCGCUGUACGGCCACCAAGGGGGCGUGAAGGCGCUGCAGCUGCUGCCGCAGCACAACCUGCUGGCGACAGGCUCCCUCGACCGCACAGUGCGCCUCUGGGACCUCCGGGAGGGCGUCCCCGCCUCCGCCUCGCGCCCCCACGGCGGCACCGUCCGCGCCGUUGCGCUGGACGACGGAGCUCUGGCCUCUGGCGGCAGCGACCACGUGGUCCGCCUCUGGGAGAGCUCCCUGGCGGCGCCCGCCCCCUCGUCUUCUGCCGGCAGGGACAACCGCAUGGAUCUGGAUCUGGAUCUGGAGGGCGGGCCGUACGAGGACGGGUCGCGGCUGUUUGAUCUGGCGUCCAAGGAGCGGAAGCUGGCGGGUCACAUAGGGCCGAUCACGAGCCUCAGUCUCACGCGGGCGGCGCUGUACAGCGGCAGCUGGGACACCAGCGUGCGCGUGUGGCAGCGCUCGGAAGACUGGGCGUGCGUCGGCGUGCUGCGCUACAGCGACUGGGUCCUCGACGUCGCGGCGCGCAGCGGGCUGCUGCUGGUGGCGGCGGCGCGCGAGGUGCACGUGCACGACCUGGCGACGCACACCCUGCUGCACAAGGUGAUCUCGCUGAUCUGGGAGAUCUGGGAGACCUGA